CAUGUCGUAGGACGUCGUAGGAUUGCCACUGCGUUCUGCUGGCCAUGGCUUGAUUGUAGAUGCAUUUCAUGCUUCGUAGGCCUUUGGAACCGAAGCAACAGGCAAAUGCAGCCAGUGGGAGCGCCUGAAGCAAGACGUGGAGCGACCACGGCUGCAAAGGCCAAAGCUGGAACCUCUACAGAUGCUGCGGACUUGGACAUUCAGGUAGAAAUUGGAGAGCAGUUUGAAGAAUGCCUGGAGCUGAAGUGGACCACCACUGAGACAUGUCGGGAGUUUUUUCUUGAGAUGGUCCUAGACCGUGGUGCCAGCGGGAAGCCUUCGAACGACAAGGAUCUGAAGCCGGCCAAGGAUGCCACAGUGAAGCGGGUGAAUAUGGGUCGUGAUACAUCUGGCUCGAUUCAAAACAUGCCGGAAGGAAGGAGCUUCUUGGUGAGGGUCGUCGGCAAAUUGCAGGUGGGCAAGGAAGUCUACAGCCCAUGGACCAGAGCAAUCACCUUGAGUCCAAAGACACGGGACAAGGACCUAGGGAAUUUGGAUCCAAUGAACAUGCCGCGCAUGAAUUGCAACAAUUGCCCUUGCGCGUGCUACGUUCCCUUCCGAUGGGGCUUGAACUCUCCAGGGAGGCUGAGAUGCAGGCGUUGUGGCUGUCACCAUACUGAACAUCAGAUGGUGGAAGUGGGCGAAAUAUUGAAAGCUCGCGAGGUGAAGGCCAAGUCUUCCAUGGGUCGCGAUGUGACACCACUGCCGCAAGAAGCCUUGGAUUGGGAUGAGCGAGAGUGUUCCAUGUGGUUUUGCUCGGGUGGUGCCGUCCACCCGAGGCAGAUUCGGACGAAGUCUCGGUCGAAGCCAAAGAUGGAAGAAGUCAAGGGCCGUGUGUCCAUUGUAACACCAACAACUGAAAGCAGGCACAAGUUCCAUGAACAGCUGUACCGGUGCUUUGACGCACAAACAUGGCCUGACAAGGAGCUGGUGAUUGUGGAGACAUACACUAGCUCACCUUCAGAGUUUUUUGCUCAGAAGGCCCAAAUGGAUCCCAGGGUGGUGUACGUGAAGUUCCAGCGCUCAAUUGGUGAUGACUUUAGCAUUGGGCUGAAGAGGAACGUGGGGACGCACUUGGCCUCUGGUGAAGUCAUUGCCAGCUUCGAUGACGAUGAUCUUUAUGCACCAUCCUAUCUGGACACCAUGGUCAAUGCCUUGCAAGAUCGACGAGCACUUGCAGUGAAGCUGUCCAACUGGUACGUGUACCACAUUGACACCGACACUUGGUCAUUUUGUGACCCAAUCGCGUGGGGACUCACAAAGGGGCUGGAUGAAACCUCUGACAAGGUGAAGAGCUGGGCCUAUGGCUAUGGUUUUUCCUAUGUCUACCGAAGACAGUGUGGGCUCGACCUGUGGUAUGGGAACAUCAACCUUGGUGAGGACUUUAACUGGAUGAUGCAGCUGCAGCUCCGGAGAGGUGAACGAAGUGUCCACCUCGUUCCGGACGAUUUCGGCAUGUGCCUGCAUGUGCAGCAUGGAGGCAACACCUCCAACUCCAUUCCAGUGCGGGAGGUGCCAGAUUCUGAAGCCAUGGACUUGGAUAUUAUGGAGCUGAACCAGUGGAUGCACGCCUCAGGUCCAGCAGGCCGUGCACUCGCUCGAGCUAUAGGACGCAGCAAGACUUCCGGAAGCAAGCAGGUUGCAUGCCACCUGCCGCAUGCCGAAUACCUCAUCGAGAACCCGCCGAAAGCGACGGUCAAUGACUUGUUGAAAGCUCUUGAAGAUCAGCUUCGGAUUCCCUGCGAUGCCUACAAGGUCUACAGAGUGCCUCCACCUGUGGCCUUUGGAGCACAGAAAAAGAUCUACCCGGAGGAACGUCGUGGCCAGAUUGCGGCAGAUGUGCUGGGCAUCUCGUUCCUAGCGAAGCUGCCCGGUGCCGAGGAAAAUCUUCAGCCACACACCAAGUCUGGACAGCAAUGGUGCAAGCUCACGAAGGCGGCCCAACAAUCCCUCCGAGGCACGGAUCGACUGGGGCCACGCGUCGACGACGUUUGGGUGCUUCCACCUGAGCAAGCAGCUGCAGCUGGACUUAGCACUGGGGAGGAAACUUGGGAGGAGGAGGACAAGGUGGCCUGCGCAGCUGCAGAGGAGGAAAGCAAGAAGUCCUUCAUCACACGGGUGACUUGCCAAAGCUCGACCGUCAAGAAGUUCUUCACCACGAAGCAGUCCUUCGGAGUCUACCUUCCGAAAGGUGCAACUGUUAGCCAGCUAAGAUGGGUGCUGGGAAGACACCUUCCAGCUGAGGCGCGAGUGCUUUGCCAGCGCCAAGGGCGUGACAUCCAGGUGAUGCAAGAAACAGACGUGGUGCCCGAGGAGAUCACCGUGUCCGACUUUCGAGGGCCUCGAAGCUUCUACAUGCGCUUUACGGAUGAGCAAUGUGCUAUCGUUCUCCGCUUCAUGCGGUCAUUUUUCAAGAAUCCAGAGAAUCAGAAGCGCUUGGACGAGUUUGAAGCCAGUGCCAAAGGCAGUGGUCACGACUACAGAGCUCAGCUGGUUCAGUUGCUAGCACAUGAAGUUUAUCCAAGGAUCUAUCAGAAGCUGCACGUGCCCGUCAUGGAUGACUUGGACGGACCCAAGCUCAUGCUGGAAGCUAUGUCCAAUGUCUCCUCCAGCAACCUGCAGGUGGUGGAGCUUUGGCUAGAGGUGGAGCUGCUUAUGCGGAACCAGGCAUCAGCUCAAAGUGCUAUUCAGGCUGUGCAAUUCUUCCGCAACCAGGCCAACAAGUCGCAGGGAAUUACAAAGGUCAUCGAACAGCCAUCUUACGAACAUAUCCGUGACGCUGUGCAGAUCAUGAGACAAGUUGGGCCGAGCAUCAGUGGAGCAAUAGUGCAGGCAUUUCCGGGAGCUGCAGGGGGACUGAGGAGGAAGGCCUGGAUGGACAAGGACACUUCCACGGAGUGUUCCACGGAAAGCAAAGCAGAGCCCGACCCAAGAGACGCCGAAGGAGGCGCAUUGGCAACCAAAAAGUCAAUCGGCUUAGCCGAGACCGUUGGUGGAGAUGGUGCAAUCCCGGUGGACGUGCUGAAGGUCGUGCUCGAACGCGAGUUGGAGGGCCAUUUAGGAGACUUUGGUCAAAACUCUGCAGACGAGAUCCUGCAAACCUACAUGCAACCGGACGCCGACGGGGUGGUUGGCUUUCUGCAGUUCUGGAAAGGAAUGGAGGAGAUCCUCCGUGCCCGGGGCACCAUGCGAACCUACGCGCUGACGCCGGCACAGAAGGAAGCCAUCGCAGGCUUUCGCUUUCUGCGGACUUGCUUGCUGGAUAUGGCAGCACGGCAGAUCUCCCAGGGCCGCUCUUCCUUCAGUGUGCGCGAGCUGAGAUAUUUCAUGGACCGCACCAUUGAGCUCACCGGCUUGGAGGGGCAAGACUUCUGGCGUCAAAGAGCGACGCAGCUACCGGAAGACCCCGAAAUGCUGGUCACUGGUGAGGAAGUGGCUUCUGCCUUGCUCACAUGGUUGGAGGAGUUGGUGGGGGAAGGACCAGGUGAGGAUGAGGAAGAAGAGGAGGACUCGGCGGCAGAGGACGAUGAGGAGGAGCCUGAAAGAGAGGCCUCCGUACUGGUGCCAACCCCCAGCAGCACCGGUCGGGCUGGGGCUGGCCGUUGGGCCACCCACCAGCCGUUAGCCAUCCCUGCGCCCAUUGGCCCACCGCCCACACGGCAAGUGCAAAGGCCCAGUCUGGCGUUCGAACGAGGCCUUUCGACCUUGCUUGCAAAGAGUGAGGCCAGACCAACAGUGGCGACAAAGGAGAGUGUGGCGGAGUGGCGGGACGUGAUUGAAUUCCAAGUGUCGCUUGCCCGAUGGAUGAAAUCAGUACAAGGGAAGGAGGACUUGGACCUCAACAAGUUCCACAGCUUCGCCAAGGGCCACUUCGGAAAGCUGAGCGCUCGGCGAAAGUCCAACAUCACACCAAGGAGGGCAGACCGACAUGUGCGUGAGAAUGCGGCCCUCGUGCUAAAGACCAGGCUGCGAGACCUUUUCCUCCGACGCUUGUCCAGUGGCUUUGGCAUGAUGCGCAGAUUUGCAUUCCAAGAGGCUCAGAGCGAUGCCGGAGCAACAUCACCCGAUGAGCCGAGCAUCUUCAAAGAGCUACUGAAAUCUCAGUGCCAGUGUGCCGUGAUGCUUGAGACGCGAGUGCGGCUCUCGCACAGGGCGGGUGGCUUGGCCUUCUGCUUGGCAAAGCUCCAGCGGAAGAGCCUGCGUACUGCUUUCCAAGAGCUCAGCCGCUAUCAAGGUGGCCGUGCCCCAGCCUCGGAUCUGCCGCCCUUGACAGGCUUGGGCUCCAUCAACGCACAGCAGCUUUUCUCUGCCUUUGUUCCCACCAGUCCAUCUCUCAUGGUGGCUGGGAACUUUCUGGAUGGAGCACCCUUUGAAAAGGUCGUUGCACCGCCUCUGCAGGCAGAGCAGACAUCCUGUGUGCUCCUCUUGGAUCACCAGUUGCUCUGCUCCUGCCUCUCUUUCUGGACAACAGUUGUCGAUGUUGCGCGAGCCAGUGCAGCGUGCAGGCAUUGGCAUCGGCUCUUUGCUGGGCAGAAGUGGUUAGAACUUUGCGUGCAGAAUGGCGGGGUGCUCAAAGAGCAGCGCCUCAAGUUAUGGCGGCACCUCACAGCAGUGGCCGAGAUUGAAGCGGGUUGGUGCCGAAAGUUGGGCGUCCAAAGUUCCGCUGACGCCUUUCAUGCGCUGUUGCAGCAGCCACUGUCACAAUCGAAGAUCUCCGAAAUUGAGCGAGAUGUUCAUCGUACAUAUCCUUCUCACCCACGCUUUUGCGGAGAGGAAGGUGUUAGAGGCCGAGUUGAACUGUCUCAGGUGUUGCAGGCAGUGGUGCUGGCAGAGCCCAAUGUUGGCUACUGCCAAGGGAUGAACUUUGUUGCAGCCACGCUGUUGAUACACGUGGACUCGGUGCAGGAGGCAUUUUGGCUUCUUUUGACGUUGCUGCAACGUUAUCACUUCCGAUGUGUUUUUGCCCCAGGGGUCCCACUUGUCCCGCUUAGAGUCUUCCAAUUUGCUGGUCUGGUGCAAAGAAGCCUUCCGCAUCUAUGGCGCCACUUGCGGGAGGAUGGGCACUCCCUGGAGAUUUUCGCACAUCAAUGCGUUUUGACUCUUUUCUCGUACAGCUUGGAGCCUGAUCUUCUGGCUCAUGUCUAUGAUGUUUUCUUCCUGCUUGGAUGGAAGGCGGUCUUCCGGAUAGGCGUAAGCUUGCUGGCAGUCUUGGAAGACCAGCUGUUGGGCAUGGAUCUUGAAGAUAUCUCGCACUUCUUGCACCAGUGCAAACGCCACUUGAAACUGCAGUGCCCGGGUGCUAUUCGUACCCUGCUGCGCUUCGACGUGACUGCCAGCAGCCUGGAAGACUUGGAGUCUUCUUUCCAGCUCGAACGCUUCAAGGUGCUUCUGGCAAAUGUGCCCAGCGACCAUCAGGCCGGAGAUAAUUUGGAGCCUUUGCCUGCGGGAUUGGAACGAAGUCCUGAAAGAAGCUGCUUCUUGGUUGAUGCCAACAGCCUUAGGAGUGAAAAUAUGCCCCGCGGAGGUUCCAGCAGCGAUGCGCCCCUCUCGGCUCCCAUCGAAGUGCCCUACCAGGAGCUGCGGCAGGUGAAGGCCGAGCUCCAACGCUUCGAUGAGCAGACGCAGUUGGAUGUGAAGGAGUUUCGGCAUCGCAUCGCGGAGGCCGAGCGGGAGCUCUCAGGUCUUUUGAGGAGCACCGCAGAGUUUCGGAAGGAGGUGGAUGAGGGUGAAGCAAAAUGGCACAAACAUCAGAGCUACAAGAAGGUUUUGAUGGAUGCUGUGCAGGCUGCCUUGGAUUCCACCAAGCCCUCCGAACCCAUGGAGCAUGCUCCUCAUGAACUGCUGAUCGACUGCCGGGAGAAGCUCCACAGGCUUCAACAUGACAUGCUCGACGCAGACCGGAAGCGGAAGGCAUUGCUGAAGGAGUCGAAUGCUCUUGCAGAAGACAUUGCUGAGCUCAAGGAGGUGAAAGCACGCUCGAUGACUCAAUUGCAGUCCUUCUUGGAGCUCCGAAGCCAGCAGAGGCAGGGGAAACUGAAGAAUGCCUUUGCCCAGCUGCUGCCCAUGAUGCCGUUGGACUUAAGCAGCUUUCUUGAAGGAGCUGCGUAG